AUGAAGCUCUUCGCUACCCUCGCUAUCGCUGCCUUCGCCGUCCCCGCCCUCGCUGCCCCCGCCCCUGAGGCCGAGGCCGCCGAGGUCUCGCACGACAAGCGCUUCCUAUCGUGCAAGCUCAAGGGAGCCAACUGCCGCGCCUUCUGCGCCUCCUUCUGCUACAAGGACACUGGCCUCUUCACCCUCGGCCAAUCGUGCUUCCUCGGCAAGUGCAAGUGCUUCACUCCCGACGGCCGCAAGGUCCGCUGGCCCGCCUGGGAGGUCGCCAAGGGCAACUACCCCAACUGGCCGUCGGCUUGCCACGGCGGCUGCAACGUCUGCGAGGCGCAGGACUGGUACGACCUCCCCACCACGACCGAGGUCGACCCCGAGGCGUAA